UUCACUCCAGCAGGACAUCUUUGAGCAGGACACACAUUCAUUCUGUUUUGGAUAAGGACACAAUACCAAAAACUGGAAUUUUUAAACCUCCUUCUUUUCUUUUUUAUUUAAACAAUAUAUAUGCAUAUCCUUUAGGGAGCAGGCUUUGGAAUAAGCUCUCUCUUUAUGAUGCUUUUCAAAGGCUCAGACAGCCUGACAGAAAGGUUGACAGAUUUAGAACGCAGCGAAGAAAAAACAGUGUAGUGAGAGACAGCUUUGCCCUGAAGGUUUCUGAGGAAGAAACAGGAGACAGAUAAGGAGGCAGUGGGAGGGAAGAGCACAGCUGUUGUGUGAAGACAAGGGAAAAUACAGAUAAAGAAAGCAAGGAGGUGCACAAAUGUGAAGGGCGAGGAGACGACAGUGAGGACGACCAAGGCUGAAGAGAAAAGGGAGAUAAAUGGGAGACUCAGCAAAUAAAAGACUGAGUUUAAGGAAUUAUUCCAGUUGAAGGUCAAAAAAGACAAGGUGAAAACUGGUGAAGAUAAAACUCUGAAACAAAGUGAUUUAAAAGCAGUUAUAAAAUUAAGAGCAAGAAUGGACACGCAAGAAAGGAAGGAAGACUUCCUCUGAAGAGACAGCACAAUGAAAACAGAGCUGUGUUUGAAGAGGAGAUUUCCUCAUCAUGAUUUGUUCAGCUGAUUUCCCAAAUUCAAACAACCUGUGCCGGAACUUCGUCCCAGGAUAGAAUGAAGAGAGGAGCAAAGAGAAACCCGCUGAGUCUAUGAUACCUUCCCGCUCCUCCUUUCCCUCCUCUUCACCUCAGACUCCUCCACCUUCCUCUCCUUACUUUCUGUCACUUUACAUCCUACUUUAAAAUCACUAACUUCCUGCUUCUCUGUCCUGACACCUCCUCUCCUUUCUGCUACAUCUCCUCACUAUGUGGAUACCAGCUUUGCUCCUAUGGAUGCUUAAUCUCAGCUAUUUGUGCUCUGGACAGGACUAUACAGACUAUUACGAAACUGGAGACAUGGGCACCGAGGCUCCAGUGUUGUCAGAUGACUGGUCCAGUUUGAAGACAGUAACGAGUGUGGAUCAGCUAUUACAAUUUCUAUACCCUGAAUACAGUUUGCUUCAGCACUGCCUGAGGAAGAAAUCGUGGCAUGCCUCCUCUUCCCCCUCUGUUUCCACCUCUUCAGCAAACCCUUUUGUCCACUCCAAGGAUGAGGAUCUGUGGGGUCAGCUGAGGGAGGAGGCUCUUUACAAAGUCGACGGGACUUUAGGAGUCAUCCUAGAGGAGAUCCAGCGCACCUCCUGUCAGCCUAGAGAGGUGUGUGUUGAGGUCACCAAAGAAUACCCAGAAUCCACCAGUCAAUUCUACCUCCCUCGCUGUGUGGCGCUGCACAGGUGUGGUGGAUGCUGUACCAACGAGGCCUUUUACUGCACAAACACAAGUCACACACUUGUCAACAAGACACUGAUGGAACUGUCCCCGCCUAGGAUGGAUCGCUCCGUCAUCAUGGUAACAUUCAUCAACCACACUUCAUGCGAAUGUUUCUCCAAAAGGCCACUUCACUCCAUCAUAAGACGAGCCACAAAGGAUCACCUGUGCUCCCCUCCUGAAGUUCCCUGUGCUUCGGGGUCAUUAUGGGAUCCAGUGAACUGCAUGUGUGUCUCUACAGAUGCCAUAAACUACUCUGAGAGAGAGACAGAGGCACUGGACUCAGGUCUGCUGGCUCUCUGUGGGCCCAACAAGGUUCUGCAAGAGUCAACCUGUGAGUGUGCCUGUCGAAAUGGACUCACUGAGGACAGCUGCGACCCAGGCUGGAAACUGGACCACAACACCUGUGAAUGUCAGUGUGAAGGUCAAGGUGAGGGGAAGUGGUGCCCCUCGGGCCAGCGGUGGGAUGAAGACCUGUGUGGCUGUGUGUGUGCUGCAGACUGCCCCGGAAAUCAGCCCCUCAACCCUGACACCUGCCUGUGUCAGUGCAGAGAGUCUCCACAGUCAUGUCUACGGCAGGGCAAGAGGUUCAACUUCAGCACCUGCAGUUGUUACAGGUUGCCUUGCAGAAAGCCCAGGCGUGUGUGCGCAGCUGGGUUUUACUACAGCCACCAAGUCUGUCAGUGCAUCCCCAGCUACAUGAGGCCUGAGUGGAACUAACCAAUCACAGGAAGACAGAGGUGAUGCCACUAGAAGAUGCCACUAUUUAUUGUCCUAUAAGGCUAGAAACUUUUUAGCUGAAAACAAUGGGCCAAACCUGUGGAAGUGCCUCUUGAACAGAGUGCAGGAAGCUGUAAUUACAUUUUUACAUGUACUGGAUUACAGCAGACUACAAACAACACUUGGAGGAGUAUUACUAAUGCUGUCAGUGCUCCGACAGUCUUCCUAAAAAGCUCGAGACGACAGAGGAGGGUGGGAGUGCUUUCCAAUGAAACACCCAUAACACACACGUGUAUGCAAAUCCAGUCACUGUAAAAGGAGAGGAAAUGAGGAAGGACACAUGACACCCUCAGACUCUGUCCGACUGUGGCCAUGUGUUGGCCUUCUUCCCAACACUAAUAACAUGAUCCUGAUUGGAAACAACCAGUCACACAUGAAGACCACCUAAAGGAAAGACCGCGUAGGUGGGAUGGAUCAAUGAGACUGAGCCAGCGCUCAUCCCUGUUGCAAAGUGUUUGAACAAGAAAACCUGCUAGAGGCACUGCUCAUGCCUGUGUAAAAUGGAAAGUGGAAUAAGAUAACAGACCGGAGUCCAUGCUUUUUUCAAGACUAAAUAACUAAACAACACACUAAGGUGACAGCCCUGAGUCAUGAGAUAUUUCAGAGGUUGAAGGAUUUAGCUUGCAGAAAGCAUGUAAAGUGAUAUUGCUGGGGCCUUAUAUUCCAUCUUGUAGUACAGGUGAAAUGGUGACACCAUCUUUUGGUUGUCCAUUCAGAGCACCGCAGGCUAUUUCCAACACCAGAUUUUAAUUAUAGUGAAGAUUGUGUCUACACUUAAAAAAAAUGGAGUACUGCAGUUUUUUUUUUAGGCUAAUAACAAAAACGUUUCUUACAUAAUAGUCUUGGUUGGUGUAGCUUUCCUCAGCAGAGCAGAGGUUUCAUUCGGACCCUGAUUAAUUGAAUGCUAAGUUUAAAUAUUCCCAAAACACUACAUCCUCUAGUUUCUACUUGCCUCUGCUACAGUGCUGCUCUUUGAAAUUUUCUCUCAUAUUUGGCUGAAUUGAAUCACAAUGGAUGGUAAUACUUGGUUAAAGUCCUACUUAUAAUUUAACUUUACAAAUUCUAAGUAAUGUCAUUAGUAAAUAUUUAAAUCUUUGUCAUAUUUAAAAUACAGAUAGAGGAAUGAGUGGUUUUAAAAUACUGUAUUUAAAUCACUAUCAUAACAAAAUGUUUUGGACUGAAACCAUUUACAUGCCUUUUUUACUACAGGAGUUUUAAUUAUUAUAAAAAAAGUGAAUUAUGUAGUUAUUGUCCGUAUUGCCUGCACUGCAAACGCUUCAUUUUAGCAGACCGUUUAUACACCGGAACUUUAAAAAUUUUGGAUUUUCAGUUUCAAAAAUACAGUUAGAGUUAAGAUGUAGAUUCAUUGGAGUGUAGAAAUGAUAGUGUUUGUAGCAUAUGGAUGUAGAGAGAAACUAUUUUAUGAUGCUAUGAUUCAAUAUUUAAAGUAGUGAAGAACUGAUUAAAAGCCUUGUCAGACUGACAUGUUUGUGUUCGUUUUGCUGUGCUGAAUUCUAAGACAUUUUUGAGGCAUUACUGGUGGUGACAACUGGUAAAGAAUAUAUUUACAUUUCAAGUAUGUUAAUAAUGCUACAUUCCCAUCGACAAAAACAGGAUUAUACAAAUACUGAGGUCAUUAACUCAAAUAUUCUUUUUUUCUAUAGCCAAUAAUCAGAUUCAGUGAAAUGUUUACAUUUUCUUUUUUUUUUUAACAUUUUUAAUUUUUGUCAUUAAAGUGACAAUACGUAAAAUUUGUUAACCUAUGGGAUACAGUGCUAAACAACUGUUUAGCAUUUAAGUAAUUAAAAUGCUAAGUUGCUAUCACAGUAACACAAGUGGAGAAGAGUCAAAGUCUGCUAAGUACCUCAGUAAUGCAAGGUAUGUAUCGUUUACCUAGUUGACUGCAGCAGCUAAACCUCUGAAUAUACUGUAUUUGAGGGAGCAGUGAUACGGUGAUGUAUUUUAAUUACUACAAUUGAAACUUUGCUUUUAUAAAAAGAUCAAUUUGUUACUUUUUCCUCUGGAAAAGUUACAUAAUUUAACUGUUAGAUUUCCUGUAACUUUUACCUCCCUGGUCUGAUGCCAGGUACCAUGAGUAUAUUUCAAUGGAGCAUACUAAAAUUUGUGGUUUUUAGUAAUAAUAAUGUAUCACUGUGGACUUUAAUACCUCUGCAUGCCCGCCAACACACACUAAUACAAGUUCAAAAUGUGUCACUGCUCCUUUAAAAAGCCCACUGCAUGUUCACUCUCCAGCAGCUAGAAGGUGAAAUGCAUGUGACAUUGCUCAUGUUUCAGUAAAAAGAACCUGCUCCCCUCAGCACACACCUGUGCAUAGGAACUUGACUCAUGUGGUCUCUCAUUCCUUCUCCCUCCUCUUCAGCUGCCUCCAUCUGUCUGCAACUUCUA